GGAAUGAACUGUAUGACUUUAAAUAACGUGAGAAGCUGUUUUUAUUUUACUGAAGUUAUUGAUACAACUAACGGCUGAACUCGUCAUACUGAGGCUCCGCACCGUCUCGGAGCGUUAUAAACUCGAAUGUGGAGUUGUUUUGCCAGUGAAAUCUGUGGGUGGCGAGAACUGGACAGGCAAGUAACUCAACUAACAACUGUUUUAUGCAUUUAUAAAGAAAAAGCUACAAAAGAAACGGACGGCCGAAGAAAUGUCAUAUCAAUGUCCCUUUCAAUUGUUGUGUUUGGAGUGACCGAAUUGAAAGGAAUGGAGGGUCGUGAUUAGACGCGGAUGGAUUUCCAGCUGACAGUGUCUUUGCAUUCUCAAAGAAAAGGAACUGCAACUCUAGUGGAAUAGACAAAACUGCCUUUGCCCGAUCCCUACCUCUGGGGUCAGGGUUCAAGGGCAGGGCAGUCUAAACAUGUUCUCAAACAAGACAUGUGAGAACAUCACUCGAAUCGAUGUGAAUGGGAACCCCGUGAUGAGCACUGUAAUGUUCAUUGCCGGGGUGGUCGGCAACCUGCUGGCCUUGACUAUCCUAGGGGUCCACCAGAAAGAGCGUCGCACCAAGUCCUCAGUCUUCUGCAUCCUCGUAACAGGCCUUGCUCUGACAGAUCUAGUGGGAACGUGUUUACUCAGCCCACCGGUUUUCAUUUGCUAUGCUCAAAGCACAUCCCUUGUGGGUCUUACAGGAAAUCGGUGGCUGUGCAGACUCUUCGCCUUUGCCAUGACGUUCUUCGGCCUGGCCUCUAUGUUCAUACUGUGCGCCAUGGCGGUGGAGCGAUGUCUUGCCAUCAGUCAUCCUUACUUCUACUCCAAACAUGUACGGCGAAGCUUUGCUAAGAUUGUCCUCUUCCUCAUCUAUCUCUUUACCUUCGCUUUCUGCUUGCUGCCCUUCUUUGGAUACGGACGGCACAAGCAGUACUGUCCUGGAACAUGGUGUUUCAUCAAGAUGGAGGCAGAAGGAGAGGGUGAGGACGAGGAGAGACAAACGCUGGCCUUCUCUCUGUCCUACGCCGUACUCAUGGCGCUCCUCAUUGCUGUAGUUUUCUUGUGUAACGGUUCGGUCAUUGUCAGCCUGUGUCGCAUGCACCGGAGCCAAAUUAGUCGCCGGGGUUCGGUGGUGUCGGCUGGACGAAAGAAGAGGUUGAGUACUUGGUUUGGACAGGGAGAGGAAGAAAUGGACCAUCUACUCCUGCUGGCCUCCAUGACCUUCAUCUUCGUCAUUUGCUCCUUACCUCUGACUAUCUGUGGCUUUGUGAAUGCCAUUAGUCCGGUGGGGAAUGACCAGCAGAAUCUCAUGGCAUUUCGCUUCUCUGCUUUUAACCCCAUCUUGGACCCUUGGAUCUUCAUCAUCUUCCGCAAGGCAGUCUUCCACCACCUCCGCUCUUUCUUCCGCUGCUGUUUCCCCAGAGACGCGGUGAAGACCACAGCUCAAACUGCCCUGUCCUCCCCUUUGGAGGCUGGAGACCCUAACCAAACAUCCAGCAUCCAGAACAAAAUCUACUGCAGCCUUCCCCAAUGAGGCUUUGAAGAACAGGGCAUUUCUUGUCAAAGUUCUCAUGGCAUUGUGCACUUAAGUAUUUCAAGAGGUGAAGUUGAGACUAGGAAACUUUGAUCGAGACUUGUUUUGUGUUAAGAACCAAGAAUGAAAACAUGGACAUCAUCAAGGACCCAUCAACAGCCAAAGUUUCAUGGCAAUGGAGAAGAAAAUAUUUUGUAAAUAUGUGAACAAACAUUUAGGCUUAAGUAGGCUCUUCUGUGUAUGUAACCCACAAAAUGUGGGUACUAGAGAUGGUGUACAGACAUGCAAGUGUGUUCUCUAGAAUAAUUCAGAACUGAACAUGAAGGUACAAACAACCAGUGUCAUUUAAGAAUAAGCAAAGUUGGGGCAGGGGCAUGUACCACCAACCACACGCAAACACAGAACAGCUUGCACAGAUCGUCAGUUAUUCUGCAGUUUGCCAGUAAUCACAAAGCAUUGAACAUGCUCUUGAAGAUCACAGGUAAGCAGUCUGCUCAGAAAUUGACUAAUGAAAGGGAAAAUUUAGAUUUACAGCAGAGUCAUAAUACAAAAGUGACUGAUGAUGACACCUCUAAUGUUACCAACCAAAAGGCAAGGGUGGUUAACUAUACAAGCAGUUAUACAAAUUUAAGGCUUUUCACACUAUGCCUAACACUGAGGUUAAUGUCUUUUUAAACCUGAGUAAAGGAGACUUUUAACCCUGGCUUAUGCAACAUCUCACACUUUAAUGCUUGCCUCAUUAAGUAUUUGAACAUUUAAAAAUAUAAAAUAGUGUCGGCAAACAAGUUAAUUGGAGUGAUGAGGAGACAUUUCCACAAAUGAUAAAGGAGUUAUUCAAACUGAAUACAUGCUGUACUUGUCCAAUUAAUGUAAUUAAACACAAAUAUGAAAAUAAGAAUAUUAAGCCAGGAUUAAAUAUGACAACCCAGGAUUAAUUAAUAACCUGGUAUGAACAGUGUGAAACGUGGAACAAGACAACCCCUGAUUAUUUUAUCCUAGGGUUAAAAAUGACCAAUUCAGUUGUGAAAAGUCCAUUUAUAUGGUCUCAAAUCAGUGAAAAAAUUUAAUGAAAAGACAACGAAGGCUAUUAUGUUUGUUCCUCUCCCCUUUCUUGGUGUUUAAAGAAACAAUAUGCCAUUUUAAAUUUAAAUCAUACUGUUUUUUGGAUAAUUUAAUUUGGAUAAAAUAAGUCACAUUCCUGAUAAACUGCUAAAACAAGAGGAAUUUAUGUAAACACAUUUAUUAGAGAAUUUAUGUAAAAAAAUAAAAUAAAAACAAAAUAGAUUUAAAAAUAUAUAUUUCAGUUAUUUUAUGGCGGUUCAUAUGUAUGGAUAAUAUAAUUUAAUUGUAAUGAUUUUGUAUAGUGUAAAAAGCUUUCUCCAUACUGAAUGUUCAGAACUUGGUUCAACCUAUCCUGCCCAAAUCAAUGCAUGUCUGCUUUCAUAACUGCUCACAAAGCAUAAUCCUACAUUUAAAACCAUGGAUAUCUGACUUUAAAGGCAUAGUUCACCCAAAAAUGAAAAUUCUCUUACCAUUUACUCACCCUCAUGCCAUCCCAGAUGUGUGACUUACUUUCCACAUCUGAAGAUAUGGAUUUAACCACUGGAGCCGUGUGGAUUACUUUUAUGCUACCUUUGUGCUUUUUUGAUCUUCAGAGUUCUGGUCACCAUUCACUUGCAUUGUGAGGACCAACAGAGCUGAAAUAUUCUUCUAAGAAUCUUUGUUUGUGUUCUGCUGAAGAAAGUAAGUCACACAUCUGGGAUGGCAUGAGGGUGAGUAAAUGAUGAGAGAAUUUUCAUUUUGGGUGAAUUAUCCCUUUAAGACUUUAAGCAUGACUUUAAGAAAGAACACUUGCUUUUGUCUACCAUAUCUAGUGAUUAUUGUAAUGGAACCAUGCAACAUUGCGUUGAUACAUAUUUAUAGACAGUUUGCUGCUAUUAUAAGACUACACGUUGCUCCAAGACAGCUGUUACCAAACAGCUGAGAACAAAUGGACAUGUUUCAUAUGUUUUACUAUGGUAUUUCUUAGGAAACUGCCAUUGAUUGUACCAGAAAAAAAAAAUCGGAUUUUUUUAUUUUUUUUAUUUUAUUUUUUUAUCUUUUUUUUUGUUUUGUUUUUAUUAUUUCAUUGGAAAAGGUUACUACUGAAGUUCAAGAAACCAUAUUUCCACAGACUGAUCUCACGGGAAAAAUCUGUGAAUAUUUUGUUUGCUAAAAUCUAUGUGUAACACAUUCAUGGAAAGGCUUGAUAACAUAAAUAAUAGUUAAAUAAUGGACUUAAACCAAAAGACACAAACACACACAGGUGUCGGACAGCUGUCCGUAACUCUCUCUCUGUCGCACUGCCGUCUCCAGUCGGCCUUUAUCCCUCUCGGGCCUGAUUAGGAGCCGGGUGUAUAGAAUCACGACCCGGCCCUGCCCUCCGCCCUGCCACACUAUGCUUUCUGAAUGUCUGAACUGUCCCCCAGUGGCCGGAGCUGGACUUUCAGUCACGCACAUGUGCAACAGUGCUGAGAGCAAAACGGCUUUCUUCCACUUACUUCUUUGAAUGGAUGUGAUGCAAAAGGCACAAAUGUUGUUUGUUCCUAGCCAAGAUCAAAAGGUAUGUGACGUCAAAGGCAAUUUUCAGGGCAUAAAUAUUAGUCCCAUGCUAAUGCGGCACAUCGGUCCAAAUUUAGGUGGAAAGACAUUCGGAACUAACACGGCAAUUUUCCGUGCGAUCAUAUUGAUUUUCCCACCAGGUCCAAAGUAAUAUGGUUGUAAACACUACUGACAUUGGGGAACCACCACAGAGGAAUGGGCCAACCAAUUUUAUCUAUAAUUUUAUCAACUAUAAUUUUGCCCUAUAACAAAGAAAUCUACUUUUAUGUUGUCACUCCAUUAAUUAUGAUGUCUGAAAAAUCAAAGCAUUCUUUGUAGAGGGAAAUGUCACAGUCUAAAGGAUAAUAAAAAAGGUUCAAAUAAAUUUUUUUUUUUAAACUACAUAGGCCUAUACAGUAAUAUAAGCAAAAAAAAAUAAAAA